UACUUGCCCGACCGAAGCCCCACCCACGCUUGGCUCCGCCCCCGUGACGCCACGCACGCAUAACAGCGUCAUUGGAGCGCUGCGCGCAUGCGCACUCGCUAGUACGUCCAUGGAGCACAUGCGCGACCCGGAAGGCCUGUGUACCACACUCCACAACCGGCGAGAAGAGUUGUCGAUGGCGGAGGAAGCGAAGAAGACUCCAACAGAGAGUGGAGGUGACGUCUCAGGAGCCAGCGCAUCGGAACGGGGAGUGGCGCCCAUUAAACCUCAAUACCUCACCACCAAGGAACAGUUUCACCAAUUCCUGGAAGCCAAAAGGGAGAAGCUCCAGCAGGAAACGGAAGCAGGAGACCCUGACGGCAAUGACCUGGCUGAGCCUGAAGCCAAAAGGAUCCGACGGGAGGAUGGGCAGGUGGAGGCCGAGGAUGGGCAGGCCCAGCAGGUGGCUGAGUCCCCACAGCAGCCACUGACCCAGAAGAGGGCCCGGGGCCAGAACAAGGGCCGACCCCACAUGAAGCCCACACACUAUGACCAGACCAGGCUCUGCCCCUCACUGAUCCAGGGGUCUACUGCAAGGUGUUUCUUUGGUGACCGCUGCCGCUUCCUGCAUGACGUGGGCCAGUACCUGGAGACCAAGCCGGCCGACCUGGGCCCCCGCUGUGUGCUCUUUGAGACCUUUGGCAAGUGCCCCUACGGUGUGACGUGCCGCUUCGCUGGGGCCCACCUGGGGCCCGAGGGCCAGAACCUGGUACAGGAGGAGCUGGUAGCACGCUGGGCUGACCGCCAGCUGGUGCGCAACGGGCUGGACAAGGCCCUGCAGCAGCAGUUGCGCAAGCGUAAGGUCCACUUCGAGCGAGCUGAGCAUGCCCUGCGCUGGCUGAGCCAGGGCCAGCUGCCAGACCCCACGCCCGCUGUUGCUGUCCCUGGAGCCACUGCAGCCGAGGGCACCCCAGGGCAGAGCGACCUGGGUGCCCAGCAGGCCCCAGCUGGACCCAACGCUGGCUGCCCUCCUGUGCAGACCUGCGGGCCCCUGACGGACGAGGACGUGGUCAGACUACGGCCGUGCGAGAAGAAGCGGCUGGACAUCAGUGGCAAGCUGUACCUGGCCCCCCUCACCACGUGUGGAAACCUGCCCUUCCGGCGGAUCUGCAAGCGCUUUGGGGCAGACGUGACGUGUGGGGAGAUGGCCGUGUGCACCAACCUGCUGCAGGGCCAGAUGUCCGAGUGGGCCCUGCUCAAACGCCACCAGUGUGAGGACAUCUUCGGCGUCCAGCUGGAGGGCGCCUUCCCCGACACCAUGACCAAGUGUGCCGAGCUGCUGGGCCGCACUAUCGAGGUGGACUUCGUGGACAUCAACGUGGGCUGUCCCAUCGAUCUCGUGUACAAGAAGGGCGGAGGCUGCGCACUCAUGAACCGCACGGCCAAGUUCCAGCAGAUCGUUCGCGGCAUGAGCCAGGUGCUGGAUGUGCCGCUGACGGUGAAGCUCCGCACGGGUGUCCAGGAGCGCGUGAACCUGGCUCACCGCCUGCUGCCCGAGCUGCGGGACUGGGGCGCUUCGCUCGUCACGCUCCACGGCCGCUCCCGGGAGCAGCGCUACACCAAGCUGGCCGACUGGCAGUACAUCGCGCAGUGCGCCAAGGCAGCCAGCCCCAUGCCGCUGUUUGGAAAUGGGGACAUCCUGUCGUACGACGAUGCCAGCCGUGCCAUGAAGACGGGCGUCGCUGGAGUCAUGAUCGCCCGUGGAGCCCUGCUGAAGCCCUGGCUGUUCACGGAGAUCAAGGAGCAGCGGCACUGGGACAUCUCGUCCUCUGAGCGCCUGGACAUCCUGCGGGACUUCACCAGCUACGGCCUGGAGCACUGGGGCUCCGACACGCAGGGCGUGGAGAAGACCCGGCGCUUCCUGCUGGAGUGGCUGUCCUUCCUGUGCAGGUACGUGCCUGUGGGCCUGCUGGAGCGACUGCCGCAGAAGGUCAACGAGCGGCCGCCCUACUACCUGGGCCGGGACUACCUGGAGACGCUGAUGGCCAGCCAGCAGGCGGCCGACUGGAUCCGCAUCAGUGAGAUGCUCCUGGGGCCCGUGCCUCCCAGCUUCGUCUUCCUGCCCAAGCACAAGGCCAACGCCUACAAGUAGCGGCUGGGAGGGGCCGAGGGGCCGCGUUGGAGAGGACGGCAGCUUCGCCCUUGGCUGGGUCGUGCGAUGCUCCCCGGGUCCUGGCCUCCCUCCUGGCCCACAGACCCCUUCCCAAUGCACUGUUCACGCAGCAGACCUCCCAGCCAGC